AUCGACCCAUUUAAAUACUAAACAUACUUAAUUGGAUUGAUUCGAUUAUUUAUUAAAUAAAUAUUCAGAUAAGACAAACAUAUAUUACAAGAAUAUUAUUUAAUUGCGAAAUAUUAUUGAUCCUUUUUCUUGGCACCUCUUCAUGUUCCUUUACUUUCAAGAUUUCAUCAGCAAAUGAAUAAUGGUUCAUGCAUUUAUCUCUAAAAAAUCAAUCGAUUUCACAUACUUAAUUGCUUCAUUAAAAAUAUUCAAAUAAGUCGAACAUAAUAAUCAUUCAAUUGCGUGAAUAAAUAUUAUUGAUUCGAGUUCCAAGCACAUAUCCCAAUUUUUUCUUCAACUUCAAGAUUCAUUUUCAACCAUUAAAAAUUAAAAAAAAAGUGGGUCACCCUCUUCAACCAACCACCACCACCAAAUCCAACGGUGGCAAGACCUUCCACCUGCUAAAGACAUUUCAUAACCCAAGGUUGUUUUCGUCAUUACAGCUGUCUUUGUUUUCAUUUUUCAAAAUAAUAAUCAUAAUAAAAUAAUAAGAAGUUAAUUUUCUUUUCAAGAAAUGAUGACCGCAUUUCAUCUCUGUGAAAAGCUCACUUCCCCCAUUUCCCCAACUCCGUUUCGUCAGCCUUCCGCCAUGGUGAAAAAAUCUCUCUGGUUCCUUUCUUUCUUCUGCGAGCAAACAAGGAAAACGAGCACCUUCUAAAGAACCCAUUUCAUUUCUUUCCCUUUUCUCGCGAAUUGAAUUCUGUAACAAAAUCUCAUCGGUUACGAAAUGGGCGAGAUCGUCCCGUUUCAAGACCUCAACCUCACUCCGGUCCCGGCCGUCGGCAACGGCAAGGCCAGCGCCUCCGCCGGCACUGCGGCCUCAACUACCGGCAUACUGAAGGUUCCCAAAAUCGAGCCCAAACUCGAGCCGCUGGACGAGGGCCCAAUUGAUGCCCAGCCGCUCCAAGAACAAGACGACGCUUACUUCCAGGACCCGGCUCCUCUCAACUUCUAUUCCGAUCCCCAAAAUACCUCUCUCCCCCAGUCCGCCAUCGUCUCCGCCGAACAAGACAAUGUGUAUUCGGAGUACAACCGAAUCUCGGAGAUCUUCCGGGCAGCUUUCGCCAAACGCCUGGAGGAGCAGCAGCAGCAGCAGCAGUUUGGCGACGAUGUCACGGCGUUGGACCCGGACGCUGGUGCGAUUGUACCCGUUAACACCGAGAACGAGGUUGCCCCGAUCCUGGUGCCUCGGGCGCAGCGGAAGUACGCGAAACGCUCGUCGGAGCUCGUCCGGGUAACGGACCUUCAGAUUGAGGAUAAGCGGUACUUCAGGGAGAUGGUUCGCAGCACUCGGUUGUUGUUCGACUCGUUCCGUGUAUUCGCCGUCGCGGAGGAGCAGAAGCGCCUCAGCGCUAUGGGUCCCUACUUCAGAAAGCCUCGUGGGGAUCUACUGGCGGCCUCGGUGAUGAGGGACCGUGGGCUUUGGAUUAAUCGUGAUAAGCGAAUCGUGGGUUCUAUUCCUGGGAUUGAAAUUGGGGAUGUCUUCUUCUUCAGGAUGGAAUUGUGCGUGCUUGGGAUGCAUGGCCAAGCUCAAGCAGGAAUUGACUACCUACCUGGGAGCCAGAGUUCAAAUGGGCAGCCAAUCGCCACCAGUAUAAUUGUUUCUGGGGGCUAUGAGGACGACGAGGACGCUGGAGACGAGAUAACCUAUACUGGGCAUGGAGGGCAGGACAAGUUUGGGAAGCAUUGUGUUAAUCAGAAGCUUGAAGGAGGGAACUUGGCCAUGGAGCGUAGCAUGCAUUAUGGAAUUGAGGUCAGAGUUAUCAGGGGGUUUAAAUAUGAAGGGAGUAUUAGUAGCAAGAUUUAUGUCUAUGAUGGUUUAUACAAGAUUCACCACUACUGGUUUGAUAUCGGAAAAUCGGGAUUUGGUGUCUAUAAGUUCAAGCUGUCUAGGAUAGAAGGACAGGAGGAAAUGGGUAGUGCAAUUCUGAAGUUUGCAGGGAGUUUGCGGGCUAGGCCGUUGAGCGUGAGGCCAACUGGGUAUAUACAUCUUGAUAUCUCGAAUAGAAAAGAAAUUGUCCCUGUCAUGGUGUUUAAUGAUAUUGAUAAUUUUGGAGAUCCUUUGUACCAUGAAUACCUUACAAAGACAGUCUUUCCUCCUCACUUGUGUAACAGUGGAGGUAGCGGAACUGGUUGCGAAUGUGUUUCGGGCUGUGUGGAUGGUUGUUUUUGUGCAAUGAAGAAUGGUGGUGAAUUUGCUUACGACCAGAAUGGAUUUCUGGUGAGGGGAAAGCCCUUGAUAUUUGAAUGCGGACCCUUUUGCAAAUGCCCACCUAGCUGCCGCAAUCGUGUAAGCCAGAGAGGCUUGAGAAAUAGAAUGGAAGUGUUCAGAUCCAGGCAAACAGGCUGGGGAGUUAGGUCAUUGGAUUUGAUACAUGCCGGUUCUUUUGUAUGUGAGUACACAGGUGUUGUACUCACGAGAGAGCAAGCUGAGAUUUUUGCAAUGAGUGGUGAUACAUUGAUCUAUCCAAGUCGGUUUUCAAAUAGAUGGACAGAAUGGGGAGAUUUAUCUCGUAUAUAUCCCGACUAUGUUUGUCCAACAUACCCUGCUCUCCCGCCUUUGGAUUUUGCAAUGGAUGUGUCUAGAAUGAGAAAUGUUGCUUGCUACAUGAGCCACAGCACAACUCCAAAUGUAAUGGUGCAGUUUGUGUUGUAUGAUCAUAAUAAUCUGAUGUUCCCCCACCUUAUGAUUUUCGCAACUGAGAACAUUCCUCCUUUACGGGAGAUAAGUCUUGACUACGGGGUUGCAGAUGAAGUAACGGGGAAACUUGCAAUUUGCAAUUGAAGCUUGGAACUGACGUUCUGUGUGUUGAAGCAGCUAGUUAUGAAGACUGAAUAAUUCAGGUACACCAGUUGUACAAUUGAUUUCACCUUUAUGCCCAUUCUCAUCCUGUAACAAUUUGAGAAUCGUAAGCCUGCUUUGUUGUUGUUGUGGUUCUUGUUCAAAGAGUGCAGUCUUUAUCUCUCUGCCCUCCAUAUCACCAUAAGAAAAAUUGGAUUUUAGAUAGUGCUUUCUCAAGAUUGAGGAGUCAUUUUGUACGUUCGCCUAGAACCGUUGUCUUGUUAGUAGUUAUUGAUUUUCAGCUUCUCUCUUUUAUGGAAUUUUGUCAAGUUGUUUUGUCCAUUCAAACUCAAAGAAGUGAAUUAUUGUAUAUUUAAUUGGCCUUUCUUUUUUUUGAAUGUUGGAUUCUUCCAGAUUCUAUUUCUCCUGCUUUGCACACAUCAGCAAAGAGAAAUUUUCUUCUUUAACAUCUCGUGUCAUGAUGCUGUGGCCUCCCUUCAUGUUAACAUUGGUAGUCACCAUAGUGGUUAUCUGCAUAUUCAUUGGUAUUUAUGAUGUUUCAGUGCAAAAACCGGUGCUCCGUUGUUGAUCAGUUUGUUCCAUUUGUCUCUAUUGCCUAAUGCCUCCAAUUUUUAUCUUAAUAUGAAGCCUGGCUCUUAGUACAUGUUUAGUGUCUUUAAAAUCUGAGUGAAAGUCAAUGGACUUUCUCAAUUUCGUCUCAUGUCAUUGGUUGGCAAGCUGUGCUGCACGUUUACAUGCAUUGCAUUCUAUUGAGUGUUAUAAGCUGUAUCAUUUGAAGCCCUUGUCGUGGCUUUGACGGUGGUGCUUCCUUUUCUAUAGCAGUUGCUUAGUUUCAGGAUGCUCUUUUAGGCUUAGUGAUGAACUAUGUACUUAGCAGAAGCAGAAGAGUAGUAGGCUUGCAAGAGUGUAUUUUUCACAUGUUCAACUUACCACUUUGGCAUGCUUUCAUGGAUAUGCCCAUUGGCCGCAUUCAGUUAGUGAUGGUUUGAAAUAAACGACGAGAUCCCCUAAAGUGUUAGUUUACUCUUUUUACCUCUUUGUUGACUGAAUAUGUUAACUUUCAAAUUGAUAUGUAGUUACUCUAUUCAAGUAAUAAAGUUAAAAGCAUGGGAUAGUUAACUUCCAUAACUUUUACAAAUGCUAUGAAUUUGUUUAUAGUAGUUGUGCGAAGAUGAUUGUAGAGGCAAUCCAUAUUACAGAUAAGGAAGAACAGCCCGUCAGAUGUUCACCUACUUAACUUCGAUUAGUUAUUGUUUGGGUCUUUUUUGAACAUUUUAGGCGAAGGAUUGGAUUGUACAAUCAGUAUAUGUGCCCGGAAGUGAGUUAUCUCCAUGGUUUGUGAAGGGGAUAGAAUCAAUAAAAGGUGCAAUUCUAUUUCGCAAAGUAGAAGUUUAGUUCCUAAACUAGGACUUCUUACUUGUCUCUUAUAAGCCCACUGCUUUCAGUAUAAUUUUACAACCUUCCGUCGAACUUGAUUCUGGUUUUGUUCGGCCUCUAUUCUAGUCUUAGCUUGAGCUGGCAUACUAGCCAACUUAAGUUUCUGUUUCAAUGUAGUCAUACUUGGUUGCUGAUAACAUUUUCAGAUAUGAUGUGAUGAGCACAGGCUUCUGAUUAGAGGGAAAAGUGUAGUUGGCACUUGAAACUAAGGUCCUGCGUAAAGGUCAAGCCUGAUGAAACUUCACAAUAUCUGUUGUGCAUACAAUUUAUAAGAGUUUUUCAGUCAUGCUCUUGGAAUUCUACUUUAUCCUGGUUUCUAAAGUAAGAGCUGCAUGUUUCCAUAGGGAGCAUCGACUAUAUUACCUGCUCACGUUGUAUUGCUGCUAGUAUUCAGAAGUGAUACAUUCUUGUGCUUUUACUUGAUUUCAUUCCUGUGCUAAUUCCUGUAGAUGUCGAUUCUCAGUUCAGCAUCUCUUUUGCAGGUGGGGAACUGCCCGAGUUACUGGUUGGACUGCUGUUUCUUGUACCAGAACCUGAGUUUUUCUGGUCUUCAAUCAUUUUGCUUUGAAUGCUGCUACUUCCCUUACAUCCACUCGGAUAUAUCAUAGCUAAGUGGUUCUGGAUUAUCUUAACCAAAGGCAGGGUUUCAUCCCCUGUAAUUUUUGUUCAAAACGGGUAAAAAGUUCUAAUGUUUGUCAAGCAAUUCGGGUGCCUGAGACAGGAUUCUUGAAAACUGACAUUGUGCCUGCCUUCUGCUAAUGUUGGAUGAAGUCAGAAGACAUGCCGCUGCUGAUGGAACUGCACUAGUUAGAAGCUUGUCACAAGGAUCUUGUAUACUUGUAGCGCGGCAAAUGUAUGAACAAAUUCUGUACCAGAAGCCUUGUAUAUAUAUGAUGGAAGUUCUUUUUGUAGUUGGGGAAGCAAGCUUUAUACAUCAUGCAUAUACAAAGACAAACAACCUUGUUGGCCGUUUUCUGGUCCUGAAAACUUCACUGUUGUGUGAUCAAUGGUCUCGGGCGUUCAUUUUAAGGACAUGUAAAGUUUGAACUUAGUAAAAUUCUUAUCCAUGGCAUUACGAGAGUUUUACUUCUUUUCAAUCACUGGAUUGGUAAAAGCCAUACAUAUAGUUUCAAGACAAGUUUGAUACUGUUGAUAUACUCUUUGAGAUCCAUCUACAAGACAACAAUAAGUGGUGAUACUAUAUCGGCAUUUACAUGUAUAGCUUCUUCAGAGCAGCUUCAAGGGAUGGGUAUGUUGCGUCGAUUGAGAUUGAGGAGGUUGCAGCUUUGUAAACUGAGUGUAAGUCUAAGCUUGAGAGGUCCCAGUACCAUUUUUCUCCAUUUCGCGUUUGAGAUUGAGGAGGUUGCAGCUUUGUAAACUGAGUGUAAGUCUAAGCUUGAGAGGUCCCAGUACCAUUUUUCUCCAUUUCGCGUUGUCUUGCGCGCUCCAUCUUCCUCUUUCGCCAUUCUUCUAGAGCUGGAGAAACUUGCAAAGUGUUAGCAACGCUCAACAAGAUCCAAAGCAGGUAGGUUUAAGAAACAAGAGAAGAGAUAUAAAUCCAGAAUUUGGGG